CAUGUUACCUUUAGGUUAACCUUUUGGUUUGCAGUUUUUAAUUCGCACGAGUGUGCAAACGUACUCUACCUCAUGUUAAAAGUAUACGGCUCCGUUCAGCUGACCGGGGAUUUAAAGCGACGAUGUUUCAUUCCAGUAGCGGUUUACUAAGAGCUGCCGUCCAGUGCGCUUCACGAUCUUACUGGAGUCCUGGGUCUGUGUGGUGUCCAUGCAGGCAUGUGUCUGUGAAAACAGAGGGAUGGAAUUCAAAGAAAGUUCCUCAGAGAUACCUGGGUCAGCCCAGUCCAUACACACACCCUCACCUCAUCCGACACGGUGAGGUAACGCCAGGUCUCACCCAGACAGAGUAUGAGCUUCGUCGGCAGCGUUUAGCAUCUCUGAUUGAGAUUCAGGCAGAGCGACAAACAGGUUCUGGAGCCUCUUCAAACUCCUCCCACAUUGUCAUCAUCCUAUCGCAUCCAAUUCGCUACAUGAGCAAUGACAUCCCUUACCCGUUCCACCAGAACCAGGAUUUCCUGUACCUGACAGGAAUUACGGAGCCGGAUAGUGCACUGGUCAUGUACGGAUCAAGUAAACCAGACCAGGCUGUGCUGUUUGUCCCACGCCGAGACCCAGCCCGAGAGCUUUGGGAUGGACCUCGUUCUGGCAAAGAUGGUGCAGCUGCUUUAACAGGUCUCGAGCGGGUUCACAGUACUGAAGAACUGGGUGUAGUGCUAAAAAGCAUAAAAGGAGGAACUGUAUGGUAUGACAACUCUCAGCCUUGUCAUCCACGGUUACAUCAAACUCAUGUGCGCCCCCUGUUGGAAGGAGGACAGCUGGUGAAGUCUCUCCGACCCCUCACUCAUUCCCUCAGAGCCAUUAAGAGCCCAGCAGAGGUUGCACUGAUGAAAGAGGCAGGACGGAUCACUGCUCAGGCAUUUAAAAAGACAAUGGCUAUGUCAAGAGGAAACAUUGAUGAGGCUGUUCUCUAUGCAAAGUUUGAUUAUGAAUGCCGUGCUCAUGGUGCUAACUUCCUGGCAUAUCCGCCUGUGGUUGCUGGUGGAAACAGGGCAAACACACUUCAUUACAUCAACAACAAUCAAAUAGUGAAGGAUGGAGAAAUGGUCCUGUUGGAUGGGGGCUGUGAAUAUUUCGGCUAUGUGAGCGACAUCACACGCACUUGGCCGGUGAAUGGAAAGUUCAGUGCUGCUCAGAGGGAGCUCUAUGAGGCUGUGCUGGAGGUGCAGUUGGCCUGUCUGUCUCAAUGCAGUCCUGGCGUCAGUCUAGACUACAUAUACUCCACCAUGCUCACACUGCUCGCCCGGCAACUCAAAGAGCUCGGUAUCCUUCCAUCACAUGCCAGUGAUACAGAUGCAAUGAAGGCUGCUCGACAGUUUUGCCCUCAUCACGUGGGUCACUAUCUGGGCAUGGAUGUUCACGACACUCCUGAACUUUCACGUUCACAACCACUGCAGCCUGGCAUGGUGAUCACAAUAGAACCAGGACUGUACAUCAGCGAGGACAACAGGUCCUGUCCUGAGCGAUUCAGGGGUCUUGGGGUGCGAAUUGAGGAUGACGUGGUGAUCCGAGACCACGGUGGACCCCUCAUUCUGUCCGCAAACACCCCAAAAACCAUCAGUGAGGUGGAGAGAACUUGUGCACAUGCAGAAGACUGAAAGCAAACACACAGCAAGUCCUUUAAGAACGAGUCUGUUUCUCCAGUCUUUAACACCUCCUCUUGUAGGAUUUUCUUUAAUAGUGAACUCAGGAAGUCUGGAUUUCACAGAACGUGUGUUAAAUCUGGAGGAUUAGGAGCCGGAUGUGUUUGGACAGCGUGCAUGGUUUUCCUGAUAGCCAGUUCACUUCUACAGCAGCAGUGUUAUGUGUUUGACCUGCACACCUAAGAUCUGGGAUCAGGGUUUAUAGGAGACUUUAAAAGAGGUCAGAGAGAGAAGCGUCUGUGAUUUAUUGAGCAUGAUGAACAAUUUAUUUGUUUGUGAGUGAAUUGAGUUUCUUUAAAUGUUUGAUUCCUGAGGUUUUUAUUGUCAUAAAUGUCUUUUUUGACAGAAAAAUAAAUCUCUAGUUCUUAA